AGAUUCUGCUUGGAGCCCCAGGAUUGAAAUCUCAGGUGAAAUGAAGGAGAAGAACUCUGUCACCGUAACGUGCUCAGCUCUCACUCCCUGUCCACAAUCACCUCCUGAACUCACCUGGAACCUCCAACCAAACCCUCACAGACAGAUGGAGAGGAACACAAAUGGAACGUUUACAACUACAAUCCAGCAGGACAUCAGUCUGUCAGAGAUCCACGAUGGAUACAACAUCUUCUGUUCUGCCAGAUAUCCUGUGGAUGGAGGAGAACACAAGACAGCAAAUACAGAAGUGACUCUCAGUGUUUUCUAUGCUCCCAAAGAAACCUUAGCAUCUAGAUGGGUGGAGCUGUUUUGCUCCAGCAGAGUCAAUCCUUCCAUCAGCUGCUCCACCUGGGUUGAAAACAGCACAUAUAAAGCCAGGAUAGUAACUAAAGGAGACGUCAAAUUAACAGUCUAUGGGGGAGAAGUCGACUGCUAUGAGGACUCUUCUAUGUUCUCUAAAGAUAAAAACAAGAAACUGCUGAUUCCCCUCAUUACAGUGACCAUUGUGGCUGUGCUCGUCUUCCUGGUUCUAUGGUUGUGUGAAAUGUUGGAGAAGACCCAAAUGCAGAGUCAGAGGCGGUUUUUGAAGUCCAGACGAACUGCUGUACAACACAAUCAGACCGAAGCAUCUGAGGAGCCUGGUGUUCUGGCAUCUUUAGAUGGUGUUCUUCAACCACCAUCUAAUGAAAUGCGAGAAGAACUUCACUAUGAGGAUGUGAACUUCAGAAAGAAACCUACCUGUGCGUCAGAGAGUACCAGUAGAGACCAGCAGGAGACGCUGUACGCUCAGGUCAAAGUGUCUGAGCCAAAGAAAGGACCAACUCAGACUGCUGACAGCUCAGAUCCUCUCUACUCUACGCAGGCAUCUCCUCCAAUGAACAGGACAGAACCAGAACUCAAAGAUUGGCAAGUGGGAAAUUAGCCUGACAAGCUCUGGCUAACUCCUCCAGAAGGAAAACACCAGAAGGGUCUCUACUUUCCUCCUGAUUUUGUCUCUAAAUCCUUUCCUUUCCAC